AUGUGCCAGUUAUCUUCACCUUCUGAUUCUUGCAAAUGCAAAUUAGACCCAUCCACCAAAGUACAAGAAUCUGACAUGUUAAUAACUGCUUUGAUUCCCAAGGACCCAACAUUUCAAAACCAACACAAGACCGAUCAUCUCUCUCUUGCAAUCAAAGAAGCAACAUGGAUAGCCAAUAUAGCACUUCCAAUGAUAUUAACUGGUCUCUUACUCUAUUCUCGCUCAAUGAUCUCCAUGCUCUUUCUCGGCCGCCUAGGAGAACUGGCUUUAGCUGGUGGCUCGCUGGCAAUUGGGUUUGCUAACAUCACAGGCUACUCUAUUCUCUCUGGCCUUUCCAUGGGAAUGGAACCCAUUUGUGGCCAAGCUUUUGGUGCCAAAAGAUACAAACUUCUUGGCAUCACCUUGCAAAGAACAAUUCUUUUGCUUUUUUUCACUUCCAUCCCCAUUGCCUUUCUAUGGUUCAACAUGAAAAAGAUUCUUCUCUUUUGUGGCCAAGAUGAUGAUAUUGCCACAGAAGCACAAUUCUACAUUCUUUACUCUCUCCCUGAUCUUAUUGCUCAAUCCAUUUUGCAUCCCUUGCGUAUAUAUCUCAGAACUCAGUCCAUUACUCUGCCUCUAACAUUUUGUGCAGCUCUUUCUAUUCUUCUUCACAUACCUAUUAAUUACCUUCUUGUCUCUGUAUUCAAUCUUGGAAUCAAAGGCGUUGCGGUAAGCGCAGUAUGGACUAACUUCAAUCUUGUAGGAUCAUUGAUCAUUUACGUUAUGAUCUCUGGCGUGUACAAGAAAACUUGGGGUGGGAUUUCAUUGGAAUGCUUAAAAGGCUGGAAAACUUUAUUGAAUCUGGCAAUUCCAAGCUGCAUUUCUGUUUGCCUUGAAUGGUGGUGGUAUGAGAUCAUGAUUUUACUUUGUGGGCUAUUGUUAAAUCCAAGAGCAACCGUUGCUUCAAUGGGAAUCUUAAUUCAAACCACAGCUUUGAUAUACAUUUUCCCAUCUUCUUUGAGCUUUAGUGUGUCCACAAGAGUUGGCAAUGAGCUAGGUGCUAAUAAUCCUCAAAAGGCUAAGAUUGCUGCUAUUAUUGGUCUCUGUUCAAGCUUUGUCUUGGGAUUCACAGCAUUGUGUUUUGCUGUUAUGGUGAGGAAGAUUUGGGCUAGCAUGUUCACUGGCGAUGCAGAGAUCAUUGCAUUGACAUCAAUGGUUUUGCCUAUAAUUGGCCUUUGUGAGCUUGGAAAUUGCCCACAAACAACAGGUUGUGGUGUUUUGAGAGGCACGGCAAGGCCUAAAAUGGGUGCAAACAUUAAUUUGGGAUGCUUUUACCUUGUGGGCAUGCCAGUUGCCGUUUGGUUAAGUUUUUAUGCUGGCUUUGAUUUUAAAGGACUCUGGUUGGGUCUAUUAGCCGCCCAGGGCUCAUGUGUCCUGACCAUGUUGUUCGUUUUGGCUAGAACAGACUGGGAAUGCCAAGCCCAGAGAGCCAAGGAACUGACUGGAAAUUUCUCUAACGAUGCUGGUCAUAUUGAAGAGGAUGAGAAAUUGAAACAAGAUACCAAGAAUUCGUCCAGCUGUAAUGACUCAUUGGUUUGA